CCACUGAAAAUUAACUUAGCAAAUAUUUAUUUAGAACUUCAAAUAACUAAGAACUGAGAGUACAACUGGAUUGACGACUUUUGUGACUUAAAAUGAUAUUGAUGACAACAGUGCUUUGGAAUUAAAUGGUAAACACUACAUGCAAUAGUAAAUGUGGACACCUGGUGGCGCUGCAGGCUAGGCGUAUGAAUGACGGCGCAGUGGAUACCGCGGUCGCCAUUAAGCUGGGAAUCAGAACUCUGAAUGCGUCCCCAAAGUAGGACGUGUUUUAGGUAAGAUCCAGGAGCAAAAAUAUAUUCAGAGAGGGCAUUGUUCUAGUGUAAAUCAGUCAGAAAGAUUUAAGUCGAGGUUAUUUGAAGAAUAGUCUGGAUUAACAGCGCACUGAAUUGAAGAAACUGCACCUUCUUGGACCGGACCUAAACAAUGGAGACUGCGCUUGCAAAAAAGCCACGGAAAAGGCAAGUUAUCUUUCUUGCUAUAUUAUUGCUUUUGUGGGAGGCUGGUUCUGAAACAAUUAGAUACUCCAUGCCAGAAGAAACAGAAAGUGGCUCCAUUGUGGCCAACCUGGCAAAAGACCUUGGGCUUAGGGUGAGGGAACUGGCCACUCGGGGCGCGCGAAUCCAUUACAAAGGAAACAAGCAGUUCUUUCAGCUCGAUACAAAGACCGGGAAUUUGCUUCUGUUUGAAAAAUUAGACAGGGAGGUGUUGUGUGGGGCGUCAGAUCCCUGCAUAUUGCAUUUCCAACUGUUACUGGAAAACCCGGUGCAGAUUUUUCAAGCUGAUCUGCAGCUGACAGACAUAAAUGACCAUUCCCCACAAUUCUUAGAGCGUGAAAUGAUCCUAAAAAUCCCAGAAAACGUCCUGCCAGGGACUGUGUUUCCUUUGAAAAUAGCUCAGGACUUUGACACAGGUAACAACACUGUUCAGAACUACACAAUUAGCUCCAACUCCCAUUUUCAUGUUGUCACUCAUAACCGCGGAGAUGGCAGAAAGUACCCAGAGUUGGUUCUGGACAAAGCGCUGGAUCGGGAGGAGCAGCCGCAAUUCAGUUUUAUCCUCACGGCCCAGGAUGGUGGGGCUCCGCCCAGGUCUGGGACUACAGCAGUCCUCAUUGAGGUCCUGGACAUCAAUGAUAACGCCCCUGAAUUUUUACAGUCGCUCUAUGAGGCACAAGUCCCUGAGAAUAGCCCUCUAAAUUCCUUAGUUGUCGCCGUCUCUGCACGUGAUUUAGAUACAGGAGCCUAUGGGAAUGUAGUCUAUACACUGUCACAAGGCGAUGAAGUUACAAGACCAUUUGUAAUAGACGAGAAAACAGGAGAAAUUCGUCUGAAGAGGGCACUAGAUUUUGAGGCAACUCGUUAUUACAAUGUGGAAAUUGCAGCCACAGAUGGUGGGGGCCUUUCAGGAAAAUGCUCUGUAGCAAUAGAGGUGUUGGAUGUGAAUGACAACGCCCCUGAACUGACCAUGUCCACGCUCUCCAGUUCCACACCAGAAAAUUCCCCAGAGACUGUAGUUGCCGUUUUCAGUGUUUCUGAUCCUGAUUCCGGGGACAAUGGUAGGAUGGUUUGUUCCAUUCAGAACGAUCUCCCCUUUCUCCUGAAACCCACGUUCAAGAACUUUUACAUGCUGGUGACAGAGAGACCACUGGACCGAGAGCUGAGAUCCGAGUACAACAUCACGAUCACCGUCUCGGACAUGGGCACCCCCAGGCUGCAGACCCAGCACAACAUCACCGUGCUGGUGUCCGACGUCAACGACAACGCCCCCGCCUUCAGCCAAAGCGCCUACACGCUGCUGGUGCGCGAGAACAACAGCCCCGCCCUGCACAUCGGCAGCGUCAGCGCCACCGACGCCGACGCGGGCACCAACGCCCAGCUCACCUCCUCGCUGCUGCCCGCCCCGGGCCCCGCCGGCCGCGCGCUGCCCGCGCCCGCCGCGCUCGUGUCCAUCAACGCCGACAACGGCCAGCUGUUCGCGCUGCGCUCGCUCGACUUCGAGGCGCUGCGGGCCUUCGAGUUCCUGGUGGGCGCCACCGACCGAGGCGCGCCCGCGCUGAGCGGCCAGGCGCGGGUGCGCGUCGUGGUGCUGGACGACAACGACAACGCGCCCUUCGUGCUGUACCCGCUGCAGAACGCGUCGGCGCCCUGCACCGAGCUGGUGCCCCGCGCGGCCGACGCGGGCUACCUGGUCACCAAGGUGGUGGCGGUGGACGGCGACUCGGGCCAGAACGCCUGGCUGUCGUUCCAGCUGCUCAGGGCCACGGAGCCCGGGCUGUUCGGCGUGUGGGCGCACAACGGCGAGGUGCGCACCGCCCGGCCGCUGGGCGAGCGCGACGCGCCCAGGCACCGGCUGGUCGUGCUGGUCCGCGACAAUGGCGAGCCGCCGCUGUCGGCCAGCGUCACGCUGCACGUGCUGCUGGUGGACGGCUUCUCGCAGCCCUACCUGCCGCUGCCCGACGCGGCGGCGCCCGACGCGCAGGCCGACCGGCUCACCGUCUACCUGGUGGUGGCGCUGGCCGCCGUGUCGUCGCUCUUCCUCCUGUCUGCGCUGGCCUUCGUGGCGGCGCGUGUGUGCGCGAGGAGCGGGACGGCGGCGCGGGGAGGCUCGCCGGGGCCCGAGGGCCACUUCCCGGGCCACCUGGUGGACGUCAGCGGCGCCGGGACGCUGUCCCACAGCUACCAGUAUGAGGUGUGCCUGACGGGGGACGCUGGGACAAAUGAGUUCAAAUUCUUGAAACCUAUUCUACCUAAUCUUCCACCCUCUGGUGCUGUUGUGGAAGAAAUCGAGGGGAAAGCCACUUUUCGGAAUAGCUUUGGGUUUAGUUAGGAAUCUAAUCAUGAUGCUAUGCAUUUAGUUACUUAUCUCUGACUUAUCCGGAUCCCAAGAUUGGGAGCAUUGUGGCGGAAAAAGUCUACCUUCAAGCAUAGCCUUGAUUUCCCUUUUGCAGUGAAUUUCCUCUUUAUCUUGGCUAAUUUUGGAAAACUCAAUUUUUCAGCGUUGCAUUUGUCCACAUAAUACGACUAUACUCAGUUCAUGCAUGCUGUUGAAUUUCCUAAGUUGUUUACUCCUCUUGUUAUUUGUUGAGAUUGACUCUUAAUAAAAAUCAGCUAUUGUUA